AUGAGCGAGUCGUUCCCGAACCCGUUUGGCGCGGCCGAGGAGCGGGCUGAGCCGCCCCGCGCUACACAGGAGAGUGAGGACGAGGAGCUGACGCGUGCGCUGCGCGAGUCGCUCGCAUUCCAGGACCAGGCCGCGGAACGGCAGCAGCGCGAGGAGCAAGAGGCGCUCGAGGCGGCGAUUGCCGCAUCCAAGGCGGAGGAUGCGCGGCGCCGGCAGGCCGAGGAGCAGAGCAUCAUGCAGGAGCGCCAGGCGCUCGAGCAGUCGCGCCAGGAAGCACGCCGGCGCGAGGCCGAGCGCCAGCGCCAGGCGCUGAUGGAGCGCGAGGUGAUCGAGCAGUCGCGGCGCGAGCACGAGGCGGAUCUGCGGUACCGCGUAUCGAUGUCGCCGCCACGCAAGCAGACCGAGGACUAUGGCACAGACGAGUCGCUCUUGUGGCUCAGCGCACGCCAGGCGACAUCGGGGCGGUCGACACCCGCGCUGGGACGCACCAUGUCGCCCGCCUUUGCGCCGUCGUCCAGCAAGUUUUCGGCGGCGCAGAAUGCGUUUGGCCUGCCGCCUUCGUAUACUCCGAGCGAGGAGCUGCGCAAUCCAUACGACGAGGCACCGACGCCGCAGGCGCAGAAAGAGCCCCUGCCGAGCGGCCAGGCAAUGGCGCCGAGUGCGUACGCGCCGCAGGCCCCGGCCAUGCACGCGCCCGAGGCGCAGUACCCGGCAGCGCAUGCCGCGGCACCGGCACAGCAGCGCGUGGCAAUGCCCGCGCCGAUCAAUACCAACCCCUUUUCGACGCAGCGCGACGAGCCGCCGUCGGCCUCGAGCGACGCGCCGUCCGACUUUUCCAUCAGCUCGGCCACGCUGCCCAAGCCGCCGCCGAGCCGGUACGAGGCCGCACUAGCGGCAGGCGAGGCAGAGUACGAGCAAGAGUCGGAGGACUCCUGGGCGCCGGAUUCGGGCGAGGAGCAGCUGUGGCGGGGGCCGGCGGGGUACCGCGAGGAGCACGACGAGCCCACCGACCUCGAGUCCGAGUCGGAGCCACCCACUGCGUACGCAGCUGCGAUGCAGCGCACCGAGACUGUGACCGAGGCGCCGGCCGCCGCCGAGUAUCGCCAUGCGGCGUUUGGCGACUCGGGUGCCUAUACCGACCAGCUCCUCGAGGAGCUCACGCAGGAGAAUACGACGCCUGGGCCGCGCAAUGCCCAGGCGCCAUCGGCGGCGGCGGCAGCAGCAGCCUCGGCGGCGGCAGCAGCCCCGGCGGCAGCAGCAGCCCUGGCCUCGGCUCCUGAGCCCGACGGGGCGCCCGAGAUGGAUCUGCCGAAUCCGUUCGACGGGCCCAAAUCCGCGCAGUACGGCCUCGACGAGCAGCCGUGGGAAAAGGAGCUCGUCGAUCCGUACGACCGCGUCGCCCCGCCGGUGCGCACCGAUGCGCAACCCCCCCCGAGCGCGUUGGGUGAGCCGCCGCCGACCCCCGCGUCGCACGGCGCGCCGACGCGCACCAACAGCCGAAGCACCGGGUCAUCGAUCUCGUCGCGGCGCGAUAGCAUGCCCGGCGUGCCCUACCCCCCCGAGCAUGCCUCAGGGCAGCCGGCGCUGCGCGGCGUGCAGUUUGGCUAUGCCCAGACGCCGUACGAUAUCGGGGUCUAUGUGACGCCGACCGCGCCUGCGCCUCUAUAUGCGAGCCCCGAGCUGGUGCAGGAGCCGCAUAUCCCGGUGGAUGCCAUGGCGCAGCCCGAGGAGCGUCUGCAGCUCUACUUCCCUGAAAAGAUUGAGCUGCGCCCCGAUGCGCCGCGGCCGUGGUUUGUGAUGCGCGCCUACUCCUGGAAAGUGCUGCUGCAAGCGCUGGCGUGGUACGGCCACACGUCGCUCGUGCCCGCCGCGCCGGGCGGGCGCCUGCACACCGAGCUGGUCUUUAGCAUUCCGAAGCGCUACGACGCUGCGCAGGAAGCCGCCGCGUCGUUUGUCUCGCUCGCGAUGGGCCUCUCGGCGAACGCGCGCCCCCAUUCGACCCAGGCGCUCGACGCGUUUGCGGCGCAGGCCGGCGCGAGCCUCACGCCUGUCUCGCUCGCGCAGCACGCGCUCAGCCUGCCGACCGACUUUGUGACGCUGGCGCAGACGCUCUUUAGCGCGCCGCAGCUGAGCAGCGCCCCGGCCCUGCGCGAGCUGCGGCAGGCCAUUGCGCGGCAGGACGAGUGGCUGGAGCUGCGCAAGGGCGAGCUCGAGAAACGCACACGCACGCAGAUGGCCCAGGCGGCCGACGCGGGCGCGACGAUCGACCGCACAGAGAAUCUAGAGUGGGGCAUGCUGCACCACCAGCUCUCGCUCCUGCAGCACCCCGGCGCGCUUCCCACGAAUGUACAGACCGAGGCGCCGUCCGGUCACCGCGAGCACCUGCGCCAGCGCGUCAAGAAGAAGUUUGCACGCUGGAACUCGGGCAACGCGCAGGACCAGGACCUCGCCGCAUGGAUCACGCCGUACGACCUCUCGCAGCACGGUGCGCCAUAG